AUGGAUGUGCCGCCUGGUACGGGAUCGUCCAACAAUGGGUCGAUGGGGCCACCCGGUAUGCCGAAUUUUCCACCAAUGCCGCCUCCACCCGGAUCCAUGGGCCCUGGCAACAUGCCUCCACCGCCCAUGGGUCCUCCAGGAUCGAUGCCACCAGUGAGUUCAUCUGGUGGGCCUCCAAACCUGCCACCGGGAAUGGGUCCACCCCCUGGUAUGAUGGGAAUGGGACCGCCUGGUAUGGGCCCCCCGCCACCUGGCAUGGGUCCUCCUCCACCAGGUAUGGGUCCUCCUGGUAUGGGUAUGAGCCCUAUGGGUCCACCUGGUAUGGGACCCCCUAGAAUGCCACCUGGUAUGAUGUGUGGAGGACCUAAUAUGAAAGGUAGUUACAACAACCAAGGCAUGGAUAUGGUACCACCUGGAAUGGGGCCUCCACCUAAUAUGGGACCUCCUGGUAUGGGACACGGACCUUGGGAAGGUCAGGUACCUCCGGGGUGGGGCCGACAGAGUCAUAGUGAUGGUCCACCUGGGUGGGACGACCAUCAUGAUGAAGGUGAUGAAGAUGAAGUUGAAGAAGAUGAUGACAGUUCAUCUCAGGGCCCUUCUUCAUUGCCAUCAUUAUUAACUAUGAAGAUAGAUACCCCUGAAGAAUUUCGAAACAAGCCUGCAACAGUUGGUGGAGUGGUCUUGCCAAAAGCAUUAGAAGAAGCACUUGCUUAUAAAGAUCAAAGGCAAGCUGCAUUAGGAGAUGAGGAGGAAAAGGAGACUGAAUCAGUGCACAUGCCGGAAGCUCCUCCAGCUCCAGUUAUCAGUACAGAGUAUGAUGCAGAAGAAGAUGAAGGGGAUUCAGAUGAUGACAAUAUUCCUGAAGCUCCAUUACCCCCAAUUAUUUCCAAACAAGAGGGUCAAGCUAAUAAAGCAAAUAAGAAUAAACGCAGAAAGAAAAAGAAGAAAGCUGCCAAGCAAAAGAGAAAUGAAAAUAAGAAGAUUGAUGAACCAAAAGGUGAUAAAGAAGAAGAUUCCAAUAAAUCUAGUAAUAAAGAAAAUGAAAAAGAAGUUGAAGUUGAGUAUAUACAAGAAAAUAUUCAAUUUCAUGAAUUGGAACCAAUGUAUCGCCAAUUUCAUCGCAUUUUGGAAGCAUUUAAAAUUACGGAAAAGAAAGAAGAUUCUAUUAAGGAAGAAUUUGGCAAAGAUACACCAAAGACUAGCUCUAAACCUUUAGAAAAAGUGCAGGAUCAAUUUGCCGCUGAUGAGGAAGCUGUUGAGAAACAUGCGGCAGACGAAAAAGAACGUCUAUCAAAGCGAAAAUUAAAGAAAUUGUCCCGAUUGUCUGUGGCCGAGCUCAAACAGUUGGUGUCGCGACCGGAUGUGGUUGAGAUGUACGACGUGACGGCUCGCGACCCCAAACUCCUCGUGCAGUUGAAGGCGCACAGGAAUACAGUGCAGGUCCCAAGGCAUUGGUGCUAUAAGCGCAAGUAUUUACAAGGAAAGAGGGGUAUAGAGAAGCCGCCAUUCGACCUGCCUGACUUCAUUAAGAAAACGGGCAUCAUGGAGAUGCGCGCUUCGCUGCAGGAUAAGGAGGAGACAAAGACACUGAAGGCCAAGAUGCGUGAGCGGACUCGCCCCAAGCUUGGGAAGAUUGACAUUGACUAUCAGAAGUUGCAUGACGCCUUCUUUAAGUGGCAGACGAAGCCGCGAAUGACCAUCCACGGUGAUUUGUACUAUGAGGGCAAGGAGUUUGAGACCAGGCUCCGUGAGAAGAAACCUGGUGAUUUGUCGGAAGAGCUGCGCACCGCUCUGGGAAUGCCGGUCGGGCCAGGCUCACAUAAGGUGCCGCCGCCGUGGCUGAUCGCGCAGCAGCGCUACGGCCCGCCGCCCUCGUACCCCAACCUGAAGAUCCCGGGGCUGAACGCGCCGAUCCCCGAGGGCUGCGCCUUCGGCUACCACGCCGGCGGCUGGGGCAAGCCGCCCGUGGACGAGGCCGGCAAGCCGCUCUACGGGGACGUCUUCGGCCACCAGAGCAGCGGACAGGACGAUAAUGAAGACCAUGAUAUUGAUCGCACAAUGUGGGGUGAACUCGAGUCAGAGUCCGAAGAAGAAUCUGAAGAAGAGGAGUCCGGUUCUGAGGAGGAGGUGGGUGGUGCGGGGGCGCCGCCGGUCGGCGGGGCCGUGACCCCGGCCGAGGGCCUGGCCACGCCGCUCGGCAUCAGCUCCGUGCCGCCUGGGGUCGAGACGCCCGACACCAUUGAGCUGCGUAAGAAGAAGCUGGACAGCGACAUCGAGGGAGGCGACACUCCAGCUUUAUACCAAGUGCUGCCCGAGAGGCGCGUUGGCCUCACCUCAGGGAUGAUGGCCUCCACUCACGUGUACGACAUCAACGCCGCCAACCCGGGCAAGCGGGCCGUGGUCGCGGGCGGGGCGGGGGCGGGGGCGGGCGCGGGGGCGGCGGCGGGCGCGGCGGACGGCGGCGUGGAGGUGGCGCUCGACCCCUCCGAGCUGGAGCUGGAGCCGGAGGCGGUGGCGGCGCGCUACGAGCGCCACCUGCGCGAGCAGCGCCCCCGCCACAAGGAGGACCUCUCCGACAUGCUGGCCGACCACGUGGCGCGCCAGAAGAACAAGAGAAAACGUCAACAGAAUACAGACGCAAAACAGGCGAAGAAGUACAAGGAGUUCAAAUUC